CGCACCACCCCCGCCGCUUCCUCUGCUUGGGUGCUCCUCCGGCCUGACUUCCCCUUUCUCCCACCUUUCCCGGCACCGCGGGAAAAGCAUCGCAGGGCAGAGCAGGCAGGGAGGGCGGCCGGAGCCCGGACACGGGAGCCUCCCAGUCAGUUCAAGACCCGACAUGAGGGAAAAGGGCCGUAGGAAGAAGGGCAGGACCUGGGCGGAGGCCGCCAAGACGGUCUUAGAAAAAUACCCCAAUACACCCAUGAGUCAUAAAGAAAUUCUUCAAGUUAUCCAGAGAGAAGGACUAAAAGAAAUCAGAAGUGGGACUUCUCCUCUUGCAUGCCUGAAUGCAAUGCUGCACACAAACUCCCGAGGUGAAGAGGGCAUCUUCUAUAAAGUUCCAGGUAGAAUGGGAGUAUAUACUUUGAAGAAAGAUGUGCCGGAUGGGGUGAAAGAGCUAUCAGAAGGUUCAGAAGAAAGCAGUGAUGGUCAGUCAGAUUCCCAGAGUUCUGAGAACAGCAGCAGCAGCAGUGAUGGUGGCAGCAACAAGGAGGGAAAAAAGAGCAGGUGGAAAAGGAAAGUAUCGUCUAGACUGUCACAGCCAUCCUCUCCCCAGUCAGGCUGCCCGUCACCUACCAUUCCAGCAGGUAAAGUCAUUUCUCCAUCACAGAAGCACAGCAAGAAGGCACUAAAGCAGGCUCUAAAACAGCAACAGCAGAAGAAGCAGCAGCAACAACAAUGCAGGCCAAGCAUGUCCAUCUCCUCCAACCAGCCUCUUUCUCUCAAGACUGUCAAAGCAGCCAGUGACUCUGUACCUGCCAAACCUGCAAUAUGGGAAGGAAAACCAUCUGAUGGGCAGUCAGGUAGCCCUCAGAACUCAAACUCUAGCUAUUCAUGUUCAGUUCAAGUGGAAAACCCCUUGUUAGGCUUGGGGAAGAAGGCAUUCCAGAGAUCUGACAGGCUCCACACACGGCAGAUGAAAAGGACUAAAUGUGCUGAAAUUGAUGUUGAGACACCAGACUCCAUUCUGGUUAAUACAAAUCUCCGAGCACUGAUCAACAAACACACCUUUUCAGUCCUUCCCGGAGAUUGCCAGCAGCGACUGCUUUUACUACUGCCAGAGGUGGAUCGACAGGUUGGUCCAGAUGGUCUAAUGAAGUUAAAUGGCUCAGCCCUUAACAAUGAGUUCUUCACUUCAGCAGCCCAAGGCUGGAAGGAAAGACUCUCAGAAGGUGAGUUUACACCUGAGAUGCAGGUCAGAAUUCGACAAGAGAUUGAAAAGGAGAAAAAAGUAGAGCCAUGGAAAGAACAAUUCUUUGAAAGCUACUAUGGUCAGAGUUCUGGCCUGAGCCUUGAGGAUUCAAAGAAAUUGACAGCCUUGCCCAGUGAUCUCAAAGUAAAGAAAACCCCAGCUGAGCAACCAAAACCCAUGCUUCCUUCAGAGGCCUCACCUGUCAGUGUAGUCCCAGUAAUUCCCCAGUCAGGGUCUAAAGAAGAAGUGGUGCAAAUACCAUCCCCUGUAAGAAAAGAAGAACAUGAAAUCCAAGAUACAGUGCAGCCAAACCCCAAAUCCACAGAGCCCCUACUUUCCUCAGCAAGCAAUACACAUGAGCUUAGCAGCAUUCUUCCCAUCAAGUGCCCAAAGGAUGAUGAUCUCUUGGAGCAGAAGCCAGUUGCCUCUGCUCAACAGGAGUCUGAGAAAGAGAAUCAUCUCACUACUACAACUCCUAAUUAUAACAAAGAUGAAGACCAAGAGGCUUUAGUUAUAUCCCCAAACAAACCCAAGAGUCCUGGGGUGGAAAAACCAGUAAUGAAGCCCAUAGCAGAAGCAAGUCCACAGGAGACCACUGCAAAAGAACCUCCAUCAGCUCUGAUUGAUCACAGCCCAGAAAGCCUCAAGAGGAAAUCUUGUAUCAUCCAAGAAGAGACCCCUGUGAGCUGGGAGAAAAGGCCACGUGUCACUGAGAAUCGCCAGCACCAGCAGCCAUUUCAAGUCUCUCCACAGCCCUUUCUCAGUAGAGGGGACAGGAUCCAGGUGCGAAAAGUACCACCUCUCAAGAUCCCGGUCUCCAGGAUCUCCCCCAUGCCUUUUCCUACAUCGCAGGUCUCUCCCAGGGCUCGUUUUCCAGUCUCCAUCACUAGUCCUAACAGAACAGGAGCCAGGACUCUUGCAGACAUCAAAGCAAAAGCCCAGCUGGUCAAAGCACAGAGGGCAGCAGCAGCCGCCGCCGCCGCUGCCGCCGCCGCAGCCACCUCCGUUGGAGGGACCAUUCCAGGACCUGGCCCAGGGGGUGGACAAGGUCCAGGAGAGGGUGGUGACAGGAAAACUGCUAGAGGGGGAUGUCCAGACUCAGACAGAGGUGACGCACCUGGAAAGGGCCCCACACUGGAAUUGGCAGGAACUGGAAGCAGGGGAGGUACGAGAGAGCUUUUACCCUGUGGUCCAGAGACUCAGCCCCAGUCUGAGGCCAAGACCCCAGACCAGGCACAGCCUCCUGGUGUCUCUGGAGCACAACUACAGCAAACCUCCUCAGUGCCUCCAACCUCUGCCGUCGGUGGAGCACGCACAGGUGUCCCAUCAGCAGCCCACACUAAUGCACCCCCACCAGCUGUAGGGAAACCGAAUAGUGAACAACUGAAUCCCACCAGGGCAACAGCCACAGUGGCCUCUCUGACCCACCCACAAGGCCCCAGUAACUGCAGACAGGAGAAAGCGCCUUCUACUCCAACAGAUUCUGCCCUAAUCUCCGGUGCCUCACCUGUUUGUUUUGCAGCUGAUGGCACGGUUGAGUCCCGAGCAGGUUCUAGUAAGAAUAUACCAGAUCUUUCAGCCUCAGCGGAGACAGCUGCUAGUACUUCAGCGGAUAUGACUCCCUCUCCUUUAACAUCUUUAUUAACAACAGCCACUUUAGAAAAGCUUCCUGUACCCCAGGUUAGUGUAACUGUAGUACCUACGGGAUUAGCUACAUCCUCGAGCACUUUGCCAGUAGCUUCUAGCCUUAAAACUCCAGGAACUCCUUCAAAUAUGAACGGACCCAUUUCAAGGCCAAGCUCCAGUAUCCCUGCAAAUAAUCCUUUAGUCACUCAGCUGCUUCAGGGCAAAGAUGUUCCCAUGGAGCAAAUUCUGCCUAAACCUCUCACCAAAGUUGAAAUGAAAACUGUUCCACUGACUACAAAAGAGGAGCCGGGGGUAGGAGCGCUCCCAGGCACCCAGGUGGCAGAAAACAGCAGCAGAGAGGAAGGUAGUGAGAGGCAGCCCCACCCGGCUCUGCAGCAGCUGGGUAAAGCCUUGCACAGUAAGCAGCUCCCCCAGGUUCCCAGGCCCCUUCAGCUCUUUUCAGGUAAGGAACUGAGGGACUCAGGCAUUGACACACACCAGUACCAGGAGGGGCUUGGCAAGGCCACCCAGGAUCAGAUCCUUCAGACUCUCAUACAGAGGGUUCGGAGGCAGAACGUUCUCUCGUUUGUGCAGCCCUCCCAGUUCAACUUCACUCACUCAGGUUUCCAGUUAGAAGAUAUCUCCACAAGCCAGAGGUUCAUGCUGGGUUUUGCUGGCAGAAGGACAUCGAAACCUGCAAUGGCAGGUCACUACUUACUAAACAUUUCCACCUAUGGCCGGGGUUCAGAGAGCUUUAGGAGGACCCAUUCCGUAAACCUUGAAGACCGUUUGUGUCUAAAUAGCCCAACGGAGGCCUUGAAAAUGGGAUAUACUGACUGUAAAAAUGCAACAGGUGAUAGUAGUAGCGGCAAAGAAGAAGAUACUGAUGAGGAAAGUACUGGUGAUGAGCAAGAAUCUGUCAUGGUGAAGGAGGAGCCCCAGGCUACUCAGGGCUCUGGCAAGUGUGAAGCAAGUUCGGGACCCCACAGUAGAGAAACUCUGUCCACCAAUGAUUGUUUAGCAAAAAAGAAUGUGAAGGCGGAGACACCAGCGCAUGAGCAAACCACUUUAAGCAAGGAGAAUUACCUGUUCAGUAGAGGCCAAAUAUUGGAUGAGAAGACCCUAGCCAGAGAUUUCCUUCAGGUGGCACAGAAACAGAUGGCUCAUGCAGUGAGAGGGAAGACGAUGCGAACCAGCCCUGAGCUUUUCCAUUCUACCAGUCUCCCUCUGACUGCAGACAGUCCCACCCAUCAGCCGCUCCUGCUUCCACCCCUGCAGACCCCCAAGCUGUAUGGAAGCCCCACCCAGAUCGGGCCGAGCUACAGAGGCAUGAUCAAUGUCUCCACCUCGUCUGACAUGGACCACAACUCUGCUGUCCCAGGGAUGCCUGAUGGCAGCCAGGUGUCUAGCAACGUAGGUGACGUCAUGUCCUUUUCGGUGACUGUCACUACUAUCCCCGCUAGCCAGGCUAUGAAUCCCAGCAGCCACGGCCAGACCAUUCCCGUUCAGGCCUUUCCUGAAGAGAACAGCAUAGAGGACACACCUUCGAAAUGUUACUGCCGCUUGAAAGCCAUGAUCAUGUGCAAGGGGUGUGGAGCAUUCUGCCAUGAUGAUUGCAUUGGCCCCUCCAAACUCUGCGUUUCCUGCCUUGUCGUUCGGUAAUGCAGCUAGAGAGAGAACACAUUGUAAGGGAGGCAGGGAGGGAAGGGUUGAUGAGAUAAGGUUUUUUGCGUCCUUUUGGGAAUCACAGAAAUAAAUAAGUAGGUUUCAGUUGUCUUAAGAGGCAAAUGUUACUUAAUCAGGAAUACAGAGUACAGAUCUUACAUUUUAGAGGAAGAGCACCUUGUAUAGUAAGUCUAGGUCAAGCAAGACUUUGUGAAUUUGUGACAAGUUUGCACUUAAAAAAUCAUGUAAAUAUGUCACAUUUUGUUUUAACGUUGUUUUCCCAAGUGUUUAGGUAAUAAUGUAUUACUUUGAAUUCAGAUUUAUGUUUCACUUCACCAUGACUCUGAGAAAAGUUUAAUGCCAUGCAUGGUUAAAAGGAAGCUGUUUCUCUUUUUCUCUCCUUUCUUAAGAGACUAGGAAAAGGAAGGAGGGAAGGAACGGUCCGGAGAAAUGACCGUUCAAGCUGAUUAUGUCAUGACAGUCUGACUGCAGGCUUUACGUAGAUUAUUCCGCUUUUGCGGGAUUUAGAUUCAGGGUUUACUCAGUCCCUUUACCUUAGACAGAACCUUCUUAAGUUCAAAUUGUUGAUAAGGUAUCCAUUUCCCAGGUGGUAAAUUCAGACUCUGAAAGCUCAUGACCUGGUCCUUUGCUUCCACAAACCAGUACUGCUGCCAAGCUCUCUGCUUGCGGUUUGUGGACACGUGCCCUCCAGACCCCCUGCCCUGCCCUGAGAUGGUGAGCAUGGCCCAAGAGGGGGGUGCUGCCCUGGGCCCCUGCUGUUAGCAUAGUCUAUGCGGGGCCACAGUUCCAGCAGUAACCCGGGCACCUCGGCAGUCAUGGGAGCUUACCAACAGGUGUGAAAUACUAGUAUGGCAGUAACAAAAAAAGUUAGUAACGGGUGAUUUGAACUAUGUGUUUUGUUGGGCAAGGGAAUAAAAAGUGCAGAAACUAUUAAACUGAACAUAAAGAACUUUGGAAAAUGAUUUUAACACUAGAAACAAGGUAGCCUCUCUUUUCUUCUUCUUGCCCAACUGUGUUCCCUAAUGUUCUGUAGUCUGCUGUUGUGCAGGAGGAAAAGAUCCUUGUUGCCACACUUGCCUGUUCUGUUAAGCCUGUUUUGACCUCCCCAGGCAUCUGAGGAGUAUAGAGUAAUCUUAUUAAUAUUACUUUGAACACGAUGUGUGCGUGCACACAUGGACACACACAGUAAAAGACGCUUCUCCUGUUUUAGAAACAUAUUUAGAAAAUAUGUCCUCUGUUUUGGAUGAUUGCUGUCUAUGCCCUAGAAAUUUCUAAUGUAAAGGGACUUAAGUAAAUGACUAAGGGAACAUCUAGAAAGGAAGAUUAAUUAUUUCCAAAGUUUUGUUGCUUAUUUUUGCUGACUCUCUUUUGUUUCCUUUGUUGUUGUUUUUUAAAUCUUGUCCCUAGUGACUGAAGAGUUUUUGAGUACAUAUACUUAGGUCAUGGUUAAAGGACAUUAAAAUAAAUCUACAAUUUACCAGAAUUUGGUAUUAAAGAAUUGGGUAUUGUCAAUGUGCAUCAUUUGCAUAUUGAUCUUAAGUUUCCUAAUUUCAAGUGUGUAAAGUAAAAAUAUUACCACAACCUAGUACACCUGUAGUUGUACUUAGUAUUCAGGAUGUGAUAUUUACCAUAUGCAGAACAGUGUAAACUUAUUAAGUCACAUUCCAGAUUAGGAGAAAGUAGACAAUAAUUACUCUUUGCUCUUCCCUAUUCUGUUACCCAUUCUUCCUCACCCUCCUCCACAUUAUACACACUUUUAAUACUUUUGAAUCCCAUAAGAAACUUACUGCUUCACUGUUUUUCAGUUUUGGCUUCUGUUAUUUUUUAUGGCUUAAGGCAAAUAUAGGAUUAAUAUCUGUGUUCUAGUUUCAGCCAAGACAAUAGGAUGUUCUAACUUUCCUUUUCCUUCCUGCGCACACAUAGCUAAAACAUAACGAAGGCUGUAUGGAUCCAGGGAUAAGGAAUAUUCUCAAGCCAGGAUCCAGGAGGAAACAAACAUGGUUCAGUUCCCCAAACUUCGAGUACUCUGGGUAGUCCAAGGGCAGGGGCUGGAAGGACCUAUUGCUGGUUAAAACUCUCCAUGCUCAGCUUCACUCUCUGCAUCAGGGCCAGGACCCAGGGCUGGUCUGCAUGCUGAAGUGCCUGAGUAGUUCGGAACUGACCCUGUGCGAAAACAUUAGUUACCAAUUUGGCUUAAUCAAAGUGAAUUUUCUUCUUUGCACCUUUCCUGUCCUAGAAGAGUCUCUCCUCCAUGGUUCCCCUAAUCUGAGGUUGAACAGGUAAACCAGGAAAGGUGGAAUGGUUAUCAGGGAUUUUUAAGUCCACUUGGAGAGCAAACCGUAUCGUGCCUCUUCAUCUUGACCAGGCUCUUGCAGAUAGGUCCCUAAGCAUUAUUAUUCCCCAGAUUCUCUUAACAAGCAAUACUCAGCUAAUAAAAUAUUGGCAUUUAUGAUUGUCCCUAAAACAGAAUUGGUCAACUAGGUACACUGCCUCAAUCUCGACAAAACGAGAGAAUAGGUUCUCUCAGGUUGGUAGUAAAUUGAAUACAGUCCGUUAGUUUGCUUCAAAACAGUGUUUUCAGAUAGAAAGUCAUUCAUUUUAAGAGCUGAACAGAAAAACAACAGCAACAAUCCAAACACAUUCCAGUCUGGCCUUUUGAAAAUGAAGCAGUAGGAACAAGGAAAAUCUUUAUAUUAUUGAGAGCAUGGUACUCCAGAACCAUGAAAGCAGUUUUUAUCUUAGGUUUUCAGAGUUGCUUUACCUUUCGGUUCAAUCUAAAAGGUUGCUAAUAAAUGCUAAGUUUUGUUUUUUUUUUAAUGGUAUUUAGUUGCACUAUUUCCAGUGACUAGUCAGGCAUUGUGCCUGAUAUUUAUGCCUCCAGGGGAUGUCUCUCGAGCCUUCAGGUACCUUCCAUUGUAGGUCACCUUGGGGAGAUAGCAUUAACAAUAAAUAUGUCAUCUCAGUCUUACUUAAUGAAUGUUCUGAGUUGUCUAGUAGAGAAGGCUCCCUGAAUCUUAAGAAAAAAUUUUGAUUAAAAUUCUCCAUCCUAUUAAGCAGAAGAUAAAGCCAAAUGACCUGGAGUUGAUUGCCCUACUCUUCCUUAACCCCUGUGCUCAAGAUACUGAAACUAUCUGUGGUAACCCAUGUAACAUUUUAAGUAAGAUCUGGCAAAUGGGACAUUUUUGUUAGGAGUAGGGGAAGCGUACUUGCGUGGGCUGGGAAGGCACCCAGAUGUAGGUGUUUUAGGAAUUAUCUCAGAUUUAGAUAAAUAGCCAAAGGAAGACCUCAUUGCCUUCCUGGUGAAGGUGUAAAUUCAUACAUAUUGCUGACUUGACAGUUACCAUCCUAAUUGCUUAUUAUUGCCUUUCUCCACCUUAGAGCCCUUACCGAGCUCUUGGGUGAAAUGAUUUGUUAUAACGAUGGAGUCUUCUCUGGUCAUUACACCACUAUUUAUUUCUAGAACUCACUGUCAGUGAGUAGUGCCAGGGUUUUUCUCUUUGACCUAGAGGUUUCACUUCCCAGCAAAGAGGGAAAAGUCCCUGUUGCAUUACCACAACUUGCUAAGCAAAAAACUUGGCCGACGGUAGUUUUCAGCUCAAUUUAUAGAAUAGUCCAAAGAGACUCUGAGAAACAUGAUGAUAGGCAGGGAUCUUUCCUCCCAUGUUUCAAUACCUACAUACCUAUUGAAAGGGAACAGUAGGUAAAACAUUUCCUAAAGUUGAAGUGAGAGCUUCAUAGAUUCUUGGUUACUUUAUUUUUUUUAAUGCUUUACAUUUGAUACAACUAUUAAAGAUCAAUUUUAAAAAUAGCUUUCCAGUAAUAUAUUUUAAGUAAUAUAUAUUUUAAUAUCUAUGUAAAAAGUGACAGUGGAAGACUUUGAAUUUCUCAUAUAUGGUAUGUUUAACGUAGGACCUCACUGUUAAGGCACAAAUUGUUACAAAGGAAGUUACUCUAAAGACACUCAGAUUAUUUCCAGAAAAUGCAAUAAGGGGAAUAGUUUUGAAGUUUAUUUUUUAUUUUAAAAGAAUAUCAACUUAUUUACCACAAGCUAUUUUUUUUCCUUCUGGCUUACAAGGUUUGUACAGACUGGUUUGGUAAAUGCUAAACUUUUGUGUCUUUUUGCCUUUUUAAAGGAAUUGUUAACAUUGGAAUUGAGGGUAUGUACAGAGAAGUUGGUGUCAACACCAUUUAAAAAGUCAUAUUUUUUCACAAAUAUAGAAAAAUCAUUUUACAUAAGAAUUUUAAGUAUUUGCAAUAAAUAUAUGUAUAUAGAUUGUAUGUAUUCAUAUAUUCUUAUUUUUCAUUUUAUUAUUAAGUAAAAGAUAAUUAAAGUGAAAAUAAAAACCUUGGACUUUUUGGUGAAUCUUGAGGUCUGACAUCCAUCUGAGAGCGGUGUGGGUAAGGGCCCUCAGCUGUUGCCUUAUAUUACCAUUGGAAGAUUACAACAGAUUGUAUAGAAGGGUAAAAUGAGAAAUUUGGUGAUAAAUAAAUCAGGGUAGCAUAUUUCUUUCAGAACUCUAGUAAAAAUAUUAAACUUGC